UUAUAUUGAAACGUGAAUAUUCAUGUUGACUUGCAGGCAAUUACGGCAUAAUAACUUGGUACAGCUGCUGGGGGUGAUCGUGGAAGAGAAGGGCAGCCUUUUUAUUGUCACUGAGUACAUGGCCAAGGGUAGUCUAGUGGACUAUCUGCGCUCCAGAGGACGUAGUGUUAUCGGUGGAGAUCGUUUGAUCAAUUUCUCAAUGGAUGUCUGUAAGGCGAUGGAAUAUCUUGAGGCCAAUAACUUUGUGCACAGAGAUCUGGCAGCCCGUAAUGUUUUAGUGUCAGAAGACAACAUAGCGAAAGUCAGUGACUUCGGCCUCACUAAAGAAGCAUCAUCUACUCAAGAUACAGCCAAACUGCCUGUGAAGUGGACUUCACCUGAGGCCUUAAGAGAGAAGGCGUUUUCCACCAAGUCAGAUGUAUGGAGCUAUGGCAUCUUACUGUGGGAGAUCUAUUCCUUUGGUCGGGUACCUUAUCCAAGAAUUCCUCUGAAGGAAGUUGUCCCGCGUGUAGAGAAGGGUUAUAAGAUGGAUGCCCCAGACGGCUGCCCGGCGGUGGUGUACGACAUCAUGAAGCAGUGCUGGACUCUGGACCCUGUGGUGCGUCCCAGCUUCAGAGAACUGAGACAGAAACUUCAAGAUAUCAUAACCAAUGAGCUGUACCGAUAAAGGACAAAAACUAGAGGAAAAAAAAACACAAGAGGAAGACCUCCACGGGACCAUUCUCAUACAGUCUGACCAAAAUCUACUCUUAACGCAGUGGACUUGAAAAACAUUAGCAGAAAUUUUCUUUUGCAAGUGCACUUUUCUUUUUUCUUUUUUUUUUUUUUCUACUUUGCAUCGCUUUCAUGGCUUGAUUUUCUUAAUUUUAGGGAGGCUGGCCUUCUCUACAACAACUCACCUCUUUUUGAUUUAGAAGAUCUUCAGCCUCCUGAUAUGUCCUCAUGCGCUCCCUUACUGUGGACGUUUGAUUAGCAUAUAGGAUUAUCUGCCA